AUAUUUGUCUGGCUACUAUCUACGUUGCAUGCUGUGACGUCAUCACGCAAAGUGAAGCAUUGUGGGUAAAAAGGAGGACCAUUGUUUACCAUGGCGACGGGGACGCUACAGUUUGUUGUAAAUGGUCACGGAGCGCUUUUAACGUGUUUGUUUUUAAUACACAUCGGUCACGUCCACUGUCAGCAGUUUCUCAUCCCCUUUAAAGCCCCCUCAGACUGCGGACAGAAAGAAUUCUUCGACAUCUCCAGUUUGUCGUGCGCGAAGUGCGGUGAAAACCAGCGCCAGAGCACAACAGGAUUAAGCUGCAUUUGCCUACCUGGGUACAAAACAACCAAUCUAAGCUCAGAUAAAGGGCCCGUUGCUUGUGAGCAGUGUCCCACAAACAAGCCUGCGGUCACAAAGGAUGGGUUUGGGUGUAUUCGCUGUCCGGGCAGCCUGAACGAAGAAGGGAAGUGUCAGUGCUCCUCAGGCAAUAUCCUGGUGGAAAGGGACGUUAAUGGAAACCUUUUGGAUGAGGCUACAUGUAAGGCAUGCAACAGUGACAGUCCUGCUCUGUCUGUACCAAACAUCAGCGGAGACAAGUGUGAGAAAUGUCAGGCUACCUUCAUAAAUACCUCCUGUAUGUGUACUUCUCCUAAUGUCCUGGCAGGAGGAUUAUGUUUCCCUUCAGGCGGCCUUUCCACCAACGUGAACCCCAGUGUCAACUACGCUCAGCUGAAGUUCAGCAUCCAGUCUGCCUGGUUUGAGGAGAACCUCUACUCGUCUGCAGCAGCAUGCCUUCUCUUCUCAAACCUGACGGCGUGUCAGGCCCUCGGGAACAUGUGUGUGAUGAACAUGCACUCCGUCAGCAGUGUGGCCAACGAUGCUUGUGGUCUCUUUAACACUAUCUUCAGCUCAAAAACCACACUGAGCUCAGUUCAAGGCAUUGCUUACUGGAAAGCUAAUCUCCCCUGGCUUUACUACGGGAACGAACCGGGGCUGGCAAGUCGUGUACUUCAAACAGAUCCUGUUCCUGUCUCCUUCAGUUUAAGGGGAACUAAAAAAAAUACAGACCUUCGUCUGCUUGUGGCGAUCUACAACGUCAGAGGAGACUUCCUUAGAUGGGAGCAAGUAGGAGGAAGUAACCUGCAGUGUGAUCUCUCUGUAGCAGCCCUGUUGGUUGCCCAUCCUGAACCACAGUUCUAUGAUGUUUUCAUGGACGUUGGAGGACAAAACAAAAACCUUCUUCCUCUGCCAACGCUGGUUCAAAACCAGCAAUACAAUGGCCAAUAUAUCAAUCAGGGGACUAUGAAGAACUGGUACCUGUCUCGAAGAGUGUUUCUGGUCGACACGCUGAGUGGACGGGAGAAGAGUUUAAGUUCUUCUCCUAAAGUCAUUCGUGUUGCCACCACAAUCACAAUCAGGUUCCAGCUUGUUCCACGAACCCAAGUGGGCCAAAUAUAUCCCCCUCUUGUGUCUGUGAGCUACACUGAUGUUCUCAUCACAGAUAUCAACACACAAACUGUGUCUCUCAGCUUUGCAGUGGAGUAUGAGAUGUCUCAGACUGAUGCUCGUACGAUGACAGAUACGGCUCUGGGUGUGUUGGGGGGUCUGGCUCUUAUCUGCACCCUGCUGAGGACAGCCAGCUAUAAGAGAAGAAUAGCCUCUGCUCUCAUCGACAUGGCGACGAUUGGGAAGUUUCUUUUGUUCUUUGCUGGUGAUCUGGCCAAUGCUUUCUUUGCUGUCACUGUGGGAACUGGACUUUACUGGCUCAUCUUUUACAAGACUCUGAAGGCUCAAAUGUUUGUAUCAGUUUUGCUGCCGACGCCGACUCAGGAGGAGAGGUUUGUCACAUACAUCGGCUGUGCCUUUGCUUUCAAGGCUGUUCAGUUUCUGCACGAGCUUUACCUGCAGGUGUCGGUUGAUAUUUUUCUGAUCGACUGGGAGAGGCCUCGGAGUAAACCGAACAGAUCCGUGCAAGGUGCCACGGACACACAACAAGACUCGUCUCCAGUCAGCAUCUGGAGGACCUACUUUGUGGCCAACGAGUGGAACGAGCUUCAAACCAUCCGCAAGAUCUGCCCAACUUUCCAGAUCGUGGCAGUGCUCUUCUUUUUAGAAGUGCUGGGUUUCUCAAACCUGGCACUGAGGGACCCCUGGUCGACUUUAGAGCGCCUCCCGCAGGCGUACACCCCUCCUUACAGCCUGGUCCUGCGGUACGGUGUUGCAGCCACACUUUGGCUCUGCAUUGGACUUCUGCAGGUGAUUUUCUUCACGGUCUUUUACGAGCACUUCGUAGAGGACAAGAUUCGGCAGUUUGUGGAUCUUUGCUCUGUCAGUAACAUCUCUGUGCUGUUGUUGUCCCACACCUGUUUUGGGUACUACAUCCAUGGGCGUUCGGUGCACGGGCACGCCGACACAAACAUGGAGGAAAUGAACAACAAUCUGAAGAGAGAACGUGAGUCUCUGUGUGGUCAGCGGGGUCUCGUUCCCAACUCAGAUAUUCAGACUUUUCAGGUGUCCAUCAACAGAAAUCUGAGGUCGCAGUUCGACAGGAUCCAGGGCUCACUCAGCAGGAGGAACAGACCUUCACGACUGAUGGAUGCCUCCACAGCCAACUUGUCAGAGCUGCAGUUCAGAGCCUACAACACCAUGAACCACUUCCUGGGGUCUUUUAUUGAUCAU